UUUCUUUCAAAAUUAGGGGUCUUGAUUCACACGGGGAAAAUCCAGAAACUCCCUCAUUGUUUCUGGUGUAAAGUCUCAACCUUUUUGUCUUAAUGUGGGAGAAUUUUGACUAUUAUGGUGUGAUUGAUUCUCUGUUUUUUUUCUUCAACUUCCUCUAUUUAUUCUUCUGGGUUUUUUUGUCUGUUCUUCAAACAAUUUGGGCUUAAUUUUUUUUUAAAAAGAGGGACGUGUUGAGCUGUUACCACACUCUCUCUUGUUUUCCCCAUCUUUUUCAGCUCAUUACGUCUUUUAAAGUUUCCUCUCUAUGAUUUCUGUCUUUUGGUUGCAAGCUGUAAUUCGACUGAAACCUAAUCUGUCGCAUUGUGCGUUUAGUUCAAAUUAACACUCCGGAUACACACCGAUUCAUCUCCCCCUCUCGGGAAUAGUUCUUCUCUUUACCUCCUUCUUCUUCUUCUCCACCACUAUUAACACGCGUCUGCUUCAUCUUCCUCCCUUUGGUGUUCUUGGUGGCAAUGGUAUUCGAUUUGUAGCCAUUUCCCCCUUUUUCCUUUCUGGGUUUUCUUCUCCGUCUCCUGAUUCCAUCUGGGUUCUCGUCUUUUUUCUCUCUUUCUCUGCAUUUUGGUCGUAAUUUAUCUGUUUCGGUCCGGUGAAGCAAAAAAUGGCUCCUCCGUUUGAAUGGUGGGCUAAAGAGAAUCGGAAAGGCACUCCGGUUGUGGUGAAGAUGGAGAAUCCGAACAAUUGGUCCAUGGUGGAGCUUGAAUCUCCGUCGGAGGGAGAUUUCCUAAUCGGCGGUCAUGCUUCUCCGGUCGGAAUCCGGGACAAAGCCCGGAACAAGAACGCUCGACAGCUCACCUGGGUCCUCCUCCUCAAAGCCCACCGAGCCGCAGGUUGUCUCACCUCUCUCGGCUCCGCAUUGAUCGCCCUCGGCUCUGCCGUCCGCCGCCGCGUCGCCGCCGGACGCACCGACACCGAGCCCGAUGACGCUGACCAAGACGUCUCCUCAUCCUCGUCAUUGUCGCCGUCACCGGAGGCAGAAAACCCGGCAGUGAAAUCGAGAUUCUACUCGUGCAUCAAGGUGUUCUUGUGGAUGUCUAUGCUUCUCCUUGCCUUCGAAGUCGCAGCUUACUUCAAGGGUUGGCAUUUCGGAGCUCCGAAUCUGCAGCUUCAGUACAUCUUCACGAUUUCACCGCUCGGAUUCAAAGGGUUCUUCGAUUGGGUCUACACGCGUUGGGUCCUGCUCCGCGUGGAGUAUCUCGCUCCUCCGCUUCAGUUCCUCACCAAUGUCUGCAUCGUCCUGUUCCUCAUCCAGAGCGUGGACAGGCUCGUCCUCUGUCUCGGCUGUUUCUGGAUCCGCUUCAAGAAGAUCAAACCCGUCCCCAAAUCAGGCGCCGUCUCUGAUCUCGAAUCCGGCGAGAACGGGUUCUUCCCCAUGGUCCUUGUCCAGAUCCCUAUGUGCAACGAGAAAGAGGUUUAUCAGCAAUCGAUCGCGGCUGUGUGUAGCUUGGACUGGCCAAAAUCAAAGCUUUUGAUUCAGAUUCUGGAUGAUUCGGACGAUCCCGUGACCCAGACCUUGAUCAAAGAGGAGGUCCAAAAAUGGCAGGACGAAGGUACUCGGAUCGUGUAUCGACACCGUGAGAUCAGAGAAGGCUACAAAGCUGGCAAUCUCAAGUCUGCUAUGAACUGUAGUUACGUUAAAGAUUAUGAAUUCGUCGCCAUUUUCGACGCCGAUUUCCAGCCCACACCCGAUUUUCUCAAACGAACAAUCCCUCAUUUCAAGGAUAAUGAGGAACUCGGGCUGGUUCAGGCGAGGUGGUCGUUUGUGAACAAGGACGAGAACUUGUUGACGAGACUACAGAACAUAAACUUGGCCUUUCACUUCGAGGUUGAACAGCAAGUGAACGGUGUGUUUUUGAGUUUCUUUGGGUUCAAUGGAACAGCCGGUGUCUGGAGGAUCAAGGCCUUGGAAGAUUCCGGCGGCUGGUUGGAAAGAACCACCGUUGAGGACAUGGACAUUGCUGUCCGUGCUCACCUCCAUGGCUGGAAAUUCGUUUUUCUCAACGACGUCGAGUGCCAAUGUGAAUUACCGGAAUCAUAUGAAGCUUAUAGGAAACAGCAACAUAGAUGGCACUCGGGUCCCAUGCAAUUGUUUCGCCUUUGUUUACCCGCUGUAAUCAAAUCGAAGAUAAGCAUAUGGAAGAAAUUCAAUAUGAUCUUCCUCUUCUUCCUCCUCAGGAAGCUAAUAUUACCUUUCUACUCCUUCACCCUCUUCUGCAUAAUCUUGCCGAUGACAAUGUUUGUCCCAGAGGCCGAGCUCCCUGCUUGGGUUGUCUGCUACAUUCCCGCCAUGAUGUCGUUCCUGAACAUCCUCCCCGCCCCGAAAUCGUUCCCGUUCAUCGUCCCGUACCUCCUCUUUGAGAACACAAUGUCGGUGACCAAAUUCAACGCCAUGGUCUCGGGUCUGUUCCAGCUCGGAAGUGCGUAUGAGUGGGUUGUUACGAAGAAAUCCGGGCGUUCCUCAGAGGGUGAUCUCAUGGGUUUAGUCGAGAAGGAGUCGAAGGAGCGGCCUCGACAUCAAAGGGGGGCAUCUGUACCCGAAACGAAGGUGGAAAUCGAGGAGAAGAAAGCGGAUAUUAUGAAGAAGAAGAAGAAUAAGAAGAAGCACAAUAGGAUAUACAUGAAGGAGCUUUCAUUGGCAUUCCUUCUACUGACGGCGUCGGCUCGAAGCCUAUUGUCCGCGCAAGGAAUCCAUUUCUACUUCUUGUUGUUUCAGGGCAUCUCGUUCCUGCUCGUGGGCCUCGAUCUGAUCGGCGAGCAGAUCGAGUGAUCGCGUAAAUCGGGUUUAGGGUUUUCGUAGGAAAGAGUAUAUAUACAGUCGGGAGGGCAUUGUAGAAGAAACGGAAUAAACCAGAAGGGUGGAGCGACAGAGAAUUAUCCACCCCGACACAAAGGUCUGUACUGUAUCACGACAACAUCAUCCGAAAAAGAAAAAAAACCAUUGUAGAGACAGAAGUAAAAUGGCGGUUGCUGUGUUUGGGUGUGUUGAUAAGGUAAAUCUCUUUUUCUUUUUCUUUUUCUGGAUCUGGUUUUGUUUGUUCUUCUUGAUUUCGGAUUGGCCUCACAUUCUGAUUCUUUGGUUGUCUGGGGGCGAAUUCUUUUGUAAGAAAGAUUUUUUUUUCUCGAUUCAACAGCAAUUUUUUUUUU